CGAACUUGUAUACCACGUACUAAAUCAGGAAGAAGAUGGUUCUUUUGGGGAAUACCAAUCGCAGUGGUUUUAAUCGCUGCUAUUGCUGUUGGUGUAGCUGUUGGUGUUACACAACAUAAGAACGGAUCGAAUGGAAAUGGGGCAAAUGGAAAUGGUGUUUCUACUGGUGGAGAUGGGGAUGGAGGAAAUGUGGUAGGUGGUACGACUAAAGGAGGGAAUGAUACUAUUAGUUUGACCGCUGGAAGUGGAGGGAAUGGAAGUGUUGUUAAGAUGGAAGAUGGAACUGAAUUUGUUUAUAUUAAUUGGAUGGGAGGUAAUUGGGCUGUGGAUCCGGAAAAACCAUAUACCGUUUCCGGUCGUGCUCAAGAUUGGAGUCCAAGUUUAUUAGAAGAUUGGAAAUGGGGACAGAACAUAGUUAGAGGUGUUAAUCUGGGUGGAUGGUUAGUAACUGAACCUUUUAUAGUUCCUGCUUUAUAUGAACAAUAUCAAAAUAGUAAUCCUCAAGCUGUUGAUGAAUAUACUUUAUCACAAGCAUUAGGUGAUAAUCUAGCUACAGUCAUGGAAGAUCAUUAUAAAACUUUCAUCACUGAACAAGAUUUCGCCGAGAUCGCUCAGGCUGGUUUGAAUUGGGUUAGGAUACCAUUAGGUUAUUGGGCAAUAGCUACGGAGGGUGAUGAACCUUUCCUAGCUCAGGUUUCAUGGACAUACUUCGUCAAAGCUAUCGCCUGGGCACGCAAGUACGGUCUCCGAAUCUUACUUGAUUUUCACGCCCUCCCUGGGUCACAAAACGGUUGGAACCAUUCUGGUAAAGCUGGUUCUAUCAAUUGGAUGUAUGGUGUGAUGGGCAUUGCCAAUGCUCAACGUCAUUUGGAGUAUAUACGUAGUUUGACAGAAUAUAUCAGUCAAGAUGGGAUAAAACAGGUCGUACCGAUGAUUUCACUCGUCAAUGAAGUCGAAGCUAGUAUCGUCGGAAUGGAAGUCAUGCAGGCUUUCUAUUACCAAGCUUAUCAAUUGAUCAGGGGUAUCACAGGUUUCGGAACUGGGAACGGACCGAUUAUUGCUAUACAUGAAGGGUUUGUGGGGAUCGCAAAAUGGGAGGGUUUCCUCAAUGGGGCAGAUCGAUUAUCUCUAGACCAACAUCCGUACCUCGCUUUCGGCGGCGCAAACACAAAUCCUUGGUCUUGGCAACAAUCAACAGCUUGUUCUUGGGGAGGCGGUACAAACGAUACACAAACUUCUUUCGGUUUAGUUAUGGGUGGUGAAUGGUCUUUAGCCAUAAACGAUUGUGGUAAAUGGCUCGUUGGAGUUGGUGGUACUCCUUCGUAUCAAUCACUUUCCAAUUGUACGCAAUGGGACGAAUGGUUCAAUUAUUCAGAUCAAACCAAAAGUGAUUUGUUAGGUUACGCCAAAGCAAAUAUGGACGCUUUACAAAAUUGGUUCUUUUGGACUUGGAAAAUUGGUAAUUCUACGGAAUUAGGUUAUGCUUCAAGUCCGUUUUGGCAUUAUAAACUUGGAUGGCAAAAUGGUUGGAUACCUGGUGAUCCAAGAGUUGCAGGAGGGUAUUGUAAAAGUAUUGGGAUUGGAGGUAGUCAAUUCGAAGGCACGUUCCCUGCUUCAGCUACAGGUGGUGUCGCAUCCCCUACUAUUGAUCCUUCUCAAGUAUCCAACCAUUCAGUAUGGCCUCCAACAUCAAUAGGACCUUCUUUCACUUCCGCCCAAAUCGCACUUUUCCCUACUCGUACGCAAACGGGUACGCCUAUAAUUUUGCCUACCCCUGCACAUGCGGCAAACGCUACUAUAGGUAGUGGAUGGAGUGAUACGGCAGAUACUACAGGAGCUUGGGUUUUGGUGAAUGGUUGUAAUUAUCCACCGGAAUACUCGGCCACAGAUGCUUCCCUCCUUCCUACCGCUCUAUGCACGGGCGGAGCCGCCAAGCGUGAUAUACCAUCUAUCCCCACGUCUGCGCCGAUGAUGGUGUGACACACUAUCUCUUGUAAUUUUCGGAAUCUGAUCAUUGUCAUUCUCUAGACAUUUAAUCAUUCAGGUUUUUUCAAUGGGCUAUUUUAGGAUUUGUGGGUAUUUUGUUUCUCUCCAUUUUCAUGGACAAUUUGACUGUGACAUCUGUAGAAUCAUUAGAAUCAAUGAAUCAUGCAUCUUCCUUACUA